AUGGCCGAUGCGGUGAGCACGUUCGGGCCCCGGUCGGCGAGUGUGCACGGCGACGGAGGGGAAGAGGUGGAGGGGGGAGAGGCCCGGGGCCUCACCGGGGUUCGCAGGGUCAAGGGCCGCGGUGCUCGAGGUGGGGGGACGGGGACGGCGUGGACGGAGUGGAGGCAGACCGGUGGGGAGGAGGAAGCAGGCCGGCGAGGGAGAGGACGGGGCGGACGACGGCGAGCUCCGCACGGCGGUGGCGUCAGGGCCGAGCCCGAGUUCCAGAUCGGGGGCGGAGGGGAUGGGGCGGUGCGGACGGGCGUCGGGGCCGGCUCGGGGCUGCCGAGGUUUCUUCACCACUAUUACCCAGGAUUUAUUUAA